AUGUUCUUCCUGAUAUCACGCCUGCCCAAUGCAGCUGUUUUUUUUAUGUUGCAGCAUAGCUUAAGCACUGGAGACGCUGGUACUCUUGAAGAAUCGAAGCAGUCUUCUUACUCCGCUCCAGAGUCGAAGCCAUAUUCUUACUCCGCUCCAGAGUCGAAGCCAGACGUCUUCUUACUCCGCUCCAGAGUCGAAGCCAGACGUCUUCUUACUCCGCUCCAGAGUCGAAGCCAGACGUCUUCUUACUCCGCUCCAGAGUCGAAGCCAGACGUCUUCUUACUCCGCUCCAGAGUCGAAGCCAGACGUCUUCUUACUCCGCUCCAGAGUCGAAGCCAGACUUCUUACUUGAAUUCCAGAGUGGGAGCCAGACGUCUUCUUUCCGCUCCAGAGUCGAAGCCAGACGUCUUCUUACUCCGCUCCAGAGUCGAAGCCAGACGUCUUCUUACUCCGCUCCAGAGUCGGAGCCAUAUUCUUACACCGCUUGAGAGUCGAAGCAGUCUUCUUACUUUGCGCUAG